AUGGAGUGCUCCUUUGGUAUCACCGGCAAGGGCUACACAAUCAUCGCCUCGGACAGCAAUGCGGCUCGUUCGAUUGUCAAGAUGAAGUCAGACGUGGACAAGCAGAAGGUGCUCAGCGAUCACCUCGUCAUGACAUUCUCGGGAGAGCCAGGUGACACGCUGCAGUUCUCCGAGUGGAUCGAACGCAACAGCAGACUCUACAGCAUCAGGAACUACGUCGAGCUGAGACCCAAAUCGUCGGCCGCAUGGAUCCGCAAGCAGCUCGCCGAAUCGCUACGCUCACGCAACCCGUACCAGGUGAACCUCCUUCUCGGCGGCUUCGACCUGCCCAGCUCCGAACCGGCGCUGUACUGGAUCGACUAUCUUGGCACCCUCGCAACCGUACCCUUUGCUGCUCACGGCUACGGCGCCUUCUUCGCCAUGUCAACGCUGGAUCGCUACCACCGACCGAAUAUGUCGCUCGAGGAAGGGCUCGAUCUGCUGCGAAGGUGCAUCAACGAGCUCAAGCAGCGCUUCAUCGUCGACCUCGGCGAGUUCACUGUACGGGUGGUCGACAGGGACGGCGCACGCCUUGUGAAGCUCUAG